GGCCGGCCUGGGGCCCGGGGCCGCGCUCCUGGGAGUCACGGCGGCUCUUGAGGAAGGACCGCCGGGAGGUGCAGCCGCCGCUGCCGCUGCCGCCGUCUCCUCUUGAAAAGAAGCGGCUCCUCCCACUGCCGUGCCCGGAGAAUGUGUGUGUGUCCCGGGCCCAGACGAAUUGGAUUAUUUGGUGACUUGGUGGCAGACCCGUGUCCCUAAACUUGCCAAAUCGGCACAGUGGUCUGGAGAAGCAUUGUUUGCAAGACCAUCUCCUGGAUGCAAGGAGGGCAUUUUGGAACUUCUAUUUUUAUCCAUUAUCCAGAUCUGUUGUACAUUCUGCCCACUUUGUGCUGCAUAAAGAAAUACAAAGAGAAAAGUAAAGCUAGAAGACAGUUUGCUCCUGGCUCCAUUAAGUAAUCAAGUGCGCUUAGCAGAGUAUAUCCUGUAGAGAUAGUACAUGGAAUCCCGGUCAGAAGUUCCAGCCUGCCACUGUUCUCUGAUGCCAUGCCAGCACCAACUCAACUGUUUUUCCCUCUGAUUCGUAACUGUGAACUGAGCAGAAUCUAUGGCACUGCAUGUUACUGCCACCACAAACAUCUCUGCUGCUCACCUCCUUAUAUUCCGCAGAGUCACCCGAGAUACACACCCCAUCCGGCGUAUGCUACCUUUUACAGGCCAAAGGAGAGCUGGUGGCAGUACACCCAAGGAAGGAGAUAUGCUUCCACACCGCAGAAGUUUUACCUCACACCUCCCCAAGUCAAUAGCAUCCUGAAAGCUAAUGAGUACAGUUUCAAAGUGCCAGAAUUUGAUGGCAAAAAUGUCAGUUCUGUCCUUGGAUUUGACAGCAAUCAGCUGCCAGCAAACGCACCCAUUGAGGACCGGAGGAGUGCAGCAACCUGCUUGCAGACCAGAGGGAUGCUUUUGGGCGUUUUCGAUGGCCACGCAGGCUGUGCUUGCUCCCAGGCAGUUAGUGAAAGACUCUUUUAUUAUAUUGCUGUCUCUUUGUUACCCCACGAGACUUUGCUGGAGAUCGAAAAUGCCGUGGAGAGUGGUCGAGCCCUGCUACCCAUUCUCCAGUGGCACAAGCACCCCAACGAUUACUUCAGUAAGGAGGCGUCCAAGUUAUAUUUCAACAGCUUGAGGACUUACUGGCAAGAGCUUAUUGACCUCAACACUGGGGAGUCGACUGAUAUUGAUGUUAAGGAGGCUUUGAUUAAUGCUUUCAAGAGGCUUGAUAAUGACAUCUCCUUGGAGGCUCAAGUUGGUGAUCCCAAUUCUUUCCUCAACUACCUGGUGCUUCGAGUGGCAUUUUCUGGGGCUACAGCUUGCGUGGCCCACGUGGAUGGCGUUGACCUUCACGUGGCCAACACUGGCGACAGCAGAGCCAUGCUGGGGGUGCAGGAAGAGGACGGCUCUUGGUCGGCGGUCACACUGUCUAAUGACCACAAUGCUCAGAAUGAGAGAGAAGUGGAACGGCUGAAACUGGAGCACCCAAAGAACGAGGCCAAGAGUGUGGUGAAACAGGAUCGGCUGCUUGGCUUGCUGAUGCCUUUUCGGGCUUUCGGAGAUGUCAAGUUCAAAUGGAGCAUUGACCUUCAGAAGAGAGUGAUAGAAUCUGGCCCAGACCAGUUGAAUGACAAUGAAUACACCAAGUUCAUCCCUCCUAAUUAUUAUACACCUCCUUAUCUCACUGCUGAACCAGAAGUAACUUACCACCGAUUAAGGCCACAGGAUAAAUUUCUGGUACUGGCGACUGAUGGGCUGUGGGAGACAAUGCACAGGCAGGAUGUGGUUAGGAUUGUGGGUGAGUACCUAACAGGCAUGCACCACCAGCAGCCAAUAGCCGUUGGUGGCUAUAAGGUGACUCUGGGGCAGAUGCAUGGCCUUUUAACAGAACGGAGAGCUAAGAUGUCAUCAGUGUUUGAGGACCAGAAUGCAGCAACCCACCUUAUUCGCCACGCCGUGGGCAACAAUGAGUUUGGGGCUGUUGAUCAUGAGCGCCUCUCCAAAAUGCUUAGUCUUCCUGAAGAGCUUGCUCGGAUGUACAGAGAUGACAUUACAAUCAUUGUAGUUCAGUUCAAUUCUCAUGUUGUAGGGGCAUAUCAAAACCAGGAACAGUGAGUGGAUCUUACCAAGGCAAUUCUCAAAUAGAUUUAAAAGGCAGAUAGAUAGGUUUUUGUUUUUUUUUUAAGAUAAUAUUAUAGUAAAUAUUUCCAGUGGGUCAUUCUCAGCAUUUCCCUAUUUGAUACUCGAGUCUGCCAGGUAGUCCAAAGUGACUUUGUAGCAGAGUGGCAGGAUCCUGAGAGUCUCGUUCUGCUUAGUUCAGACCUCAAAGCACCUGCAGUUGAGGCCCAUCAGUUCCUUAACUGCAGAUGUCUUAAGACAUUGGCUGCUUUUAUCAGUCUGAGAAGAUCAGGAUGACCUGGCAAACAGGGUUUUGAAUAGGCCCAAAGCAAGGAACUUGCUGGGCUUAUUCUUUUGGUAAAAUGAAGAAACAUUACUUUUCACACCUGCAGAGCCCUUUCAUCACCAAGAUUCCAGUGUAUGUGAGAACAUAUUUAUUGCAUGAUUUCCUAGAUGUGCAGCCUGUGCAUUAUUCAUGAACUUUAACCAGAGGUAGUUUUCAAAUCCACUACUUUAAGCCAUAAAGGACCGAGAACCAGGCAAUCUGAAUUUGUCAGUGUGUGUGAUCAUUUGACUUGGAAUGCUUCUUAAAUGAGAAAACAAACACUAGCCCUUCACCCGAUUACCUAAUGUAGUUGAAAUAUUUUCUAUUUUGCCAGGCACUUGAAGACAAUAAAGGUGUUUUAUCUCCUCUUAUUGGUGUUAAAGGAAAAAAAAAUGUUAGUUUAUAUUAAUGAAAAGCUUUAUUUAGUUUGAAAUAAAAGAUCCAGAAUGAAGAGAAGAGACUGAUAUGUUCAAUUAUGGUCAUCUGUAGCCACCAGCACGUCACUCUUAUCAUGUAAACCCCUGAAGUGUGGCAUGCUCUAAGUGUGUGAUGGGUAGACUGCUGCUGAGAAAUCAUACUUCUAAUUUAGUAGUGGUAAGAAUUUUUGUCAUGUUUGGAAUUUUAAAGAUGACAUAUAAAAAAUUUUUUACAUAAUUUGGGGGAAUAAAGUUUAAAUAUUACCUUCAGGUGUUGCGAUGAAGUUUUUUGUUGUUGUUUUUCCCCACUUAGGUGUAGGUCAAUUUAAAUAAUUGGUUUAAAGAUUAGUAAAUGCUUUAAAAAUAUUGUAGCUUAUAAAUAGAAAUGUUAAGAUACGUACAUGAGAAAUUUUUUAAAGUAACUAUUGUGCAUGCCUGCUGCUUAAUGGAACACUUAAUAGCAUCAAAUAUUGUCUGCAGCAGUCUCUGUAAUUAUAUGCAGACCCUUCCAAUGCUGUAUCAAAGUAAAUGAAAAUAAAUAUAUUCAGAUUGGCUUUUGGGGAGCUUAUUUGAUAUGCAUCAAAUGGCAUUGUGUUCCUGUGUUUAAUGGUGAUUCGUGUACAGCUAUGCAUAUAUUUCAUCACUUAUUCCAGCAUCACUGUUAAAAGAAUGGCUAUGACUAUGUUCAAUUUUCACAUAAGUUUUAAUAUAGAACCUGAUCAGUUUUCCCUUGUGUAAUUAGUUGAGGGGUGUUUAGGAGUCCUUGCAGAUUUCUGUAGAAUACUGAACUAGAUAUUCAAGGACUCUGGACUGGACACUGAAGCAAGGUAGAAUUGGCUGCAGAAUUUAUUCCAGUUGAAAAUAGACUGGAAGAUUGCCACUUACGAGACCAUAUAGUGUUUGUUUUCUGAGGCCUUCCCCCCCACCCCCUUUUUUCCCUCCUUGAGUCACCCUGGAAAUUUUCUCCCAGGUGGUAUUUUGGAGGGGGAAAAGCUAUUAUACUAUACACUUAUUUAUAAAUGUUUUGACAGAGACUUCAUUUUUUAAUGGAAUGUAUGUAGAAUACAGUAGCAGUUAAAACUCAUUUUCAGGCUACUAUUUGAAUUUCUCUUGAACACCUUACUAAAGAGUUCCAUAUUAUGCUUAAUAAAGUCUCAUCUCUAUAUAGUACAGUAUAUAUAAAUUUGGUUUCUUCUGAUCAUGAUCAAGAUAGUAAUUAUUAUUACACAAGAAACUUUGUUUUUAUUAUUACACAAGAAACUUGGUCUGCAGUCUAAAAGCCUAUUGUGUUAAGCCUGUAGUAUUAAUGGUGUGGAAAUGAAAAUAAUUGGAUGUUAGAAAUUUGAAUGUAUUAUCACCUAAAAGAAGUUUUGAUUUUAUUGUAAUUGGUUGUCACUGUGAUGUGAUAUCUAGAAUUAAAGAAUACAUGUAAACUUUUCAUUGUAUUUAGCCUUUCUUAAACAUUUUUAAUUUAUACUUUCUAACGUCAUUUUUCUGUAUAUAGUCAGUGGCUCAUGGUAUUUAUAAUAUGUCCUUAGCUAGUUAAAUGCAAUUGUGCUAUGGUACACAGUACUUGGAGGGGAAAAAAGUCUUAUAAAAGAUCUAUCUGUGUGAAGAAAUGAAAAGUUUAUAUAUUAUAUAAUGAAUAGAAAUGCCCACAGUGAAUUAAAGCUUCGUAUCUGCUUUCUAAAUGAA